CCCACGUUUCCUUCUCCGUUCUCUGAUGUGAAACACCUUCUCGGCCGGCUGCAGUUUUACGGUCACCGUGUGAUGACACACGGCGUCUGCGCUCCGAUGUCCCCGCGACGCAGACUCGCCGCACGACCAGAACUUUCCACCUUGGUCCCAGUCUCAAAAGUUAAAUGAAGCCAGACACGUCCCUCCGGCCAGGAACAUGAAGGGCUUAUCGGGGAGCCGCUCCCAACACCAGAUCCCUCUACCCCAUGGGCUUAACUACGACCCCCACGUGCAUGACCUCCACACACACCAUGGCUCGGACUCCCGCCACACCUCCUACCUGCUCAGCCCAACAGAGAGCUGUCCUAUGGACUUCCAACAUCGCUACUCACCACGGAGCUCCAUCCACUCCGACUGUAUGAUGAUGUCCCCGGUCGUGAUGCCUCCUGUUGCUGUGUCUGACCACAUCUCCAGCAGCACGUUCCCCCGGAUGCACUACAGCUCUCAAUAUUAUGAUUCAGCCACACGGGAUGACUGUGUCGCUAUCACUGCCUCUGCCACCUCGCCAGCAGUUGCUGCUGCCGCAGCUGCUGCUGCUGCCUCCUCGCACCAUACCGGCACCAAGAGCAAUCGCCUUCCCGCCAACCUUUUGGAUCAAUUUGAGAAGCAAAUGCCACUACACAGGGACGGCUUCCACACCUUACAGUAUCAACGCACAUCCACCACCGCCGAACAACGCAGCGAGAGUCCCGGCCGUAUCAGACACCUUGUUCAUUCUGUCCAAAAGCUUUUCACCAAGUCCCACUCCCUGGAGGGAUCGUCAAAGAUGAACGGCACAAAAGGUGACAUUGUCGGAGGUGGAGGAUCGGGGAGUUACUAUCAUUAUGGGCAUCAGCCCAACAAACAUGGUAGCAAGAGGAGCAAGAGCAAAGAACGCAAACACCGAUCCGGCGGCUGGUGGAGCUCCGACGACAAUCUGGAUAGCGACAGCACCUACCGCACUCCCAGUGUUAUGUCACGACACCACGGGGAACAUAUCGCCCAUUGUUACCCAGAUUCCAUACACGGACACCACUUUGGAGAUCUGUCACUCAAAGCCUCGAAAAGUAACAACGACGUCAAGUGCAUAGCCUGCGACAGUAUGGCAAUGGCGCCCGAAGGCAAAUUCAUGAAGCGGAGCUCCUGGUCGACCCUGACAGUUAGCCAGGCGAAGGAGGCCUACAGAAAGUCAUCACUAAACUUGGAAAAAACCAUGAUGCACACAGACCUUAAGCCUUCACGGACCUGUCACUAUCUACAGGUACCUCAAGACGAGUGGGGUGGCUACCCCGGCGAGAAGGACGACGAGAUCCCGUGUCGGCGGAUGAGGAGCAGUAGCUACGUCAAAGCUAUGGGAGAGGUGGAUGAUGAUAGCGGUGAUUCCGAAAGCCCCAAGACCUCCCCGCAGAAAACCAUUCGGCCAGAUGCUCUUGUCCUUAAGUCAGCCAUGCACAGACCGCAUUUUGACUCCCAAAGCCCGGGCUACCGCUUGCAAACCAUGAGAGAUAUGCGGGCUCACCCGAGUGUCACGCUAGACCCUGCCACCACUUUUCAUCCGCCGCCCUUCCGCUCUCGCAACCAGAGCUACAUGCGUGCUGUCAGCACCCUCAGCCAGGCUAGCUGCGUCAGCCAGGUGAGUGAGACUGAGAUCAAUGGCCAGUUUGAGUCAGUUUGCGAGUCCGUUUUUAGUGAAGUAGAAUCCCAGGCUAUGGAGGCCUUGGACCUGCCGGGUUCGUUCCGCACUCGAAGCCACAGUUACCUCCGUGCAAUUCAGGCUGGUUAUUCCCAAGAUGACGACUGCUUACCUUCAAUGACAUCCUCCACUGUCACUUCAACUCUCAGAUCCACAACAGAGGGAUAUGAUGUUGUGGAUGCGACCUCAUUUCUAAAUGACGACAUGAUAGAGGACGAUGACGGUGCCAGCUCCUCUGCCUAUGCAGAGCUAGAGAGGCUAGAAAGGGAGACGGUGGCUGCCCGCAGUCAGCACAGCACUAGCUCCACCGUAACGGCCAUCUCGGUGCCCCCGGCAACACCGCCAUCGUACAGAGUCCCCAGUGCCUCACCCAUGGCCGCCACUGAGCCACCGGUCCCUCAAGCCAUCCAGGCUUUCAAGGAGUCUGCAAACAUGGUCGCUGCGUUUAACAUGCAGUGGAAGGAUGAAAUCUCAGCUAUGCGCUACGAGUUGGCAGAGCUACGGCGAGACGUCUGCGGGGAGCUGAAGACUUUCAACAGCAAUUUCUUCAACUUCACUCAAUGCUACAACAUGUGGACAUUGUGUCGGGAGCCGUGCAGCGACAGCACCACACAAACGCAAGACCGAGUGUCCAUUGGAAUCCAAGCAGGAUCCAGCUGGUCCAUCCGGCAGCAUACGCAAGACAAGUCGGUCAUGUGUCAACCUGAGCCGGCGCCGUUUAGCAUCAUGGAUUUAAUGAACCCACCCCGAAUUGAGAUCAUAGAGGGAACCCCUGAGAGCACACCGGAGGGUUCUGGCAGUCCCGCAAGCCCGCUUCCAAUCGAAGACUUCCCAUGGGAGAUCAACAAAAAGCAAAGGGUCCCCAAGCCGCAAGAAAUAUGUGGCCACAAUGGGGGUCACAGAAGUGCCAGUCUUGAACUGUGGUGCAGGAAGUACACCAGUGGGCCCAUGUCAUAUAUGUCUAUGUCAUUCUAAAUCACUUCCAUCUGUCAUUCUAUCGGACGAGAUGAGCAAACCAUGGCAAAACUUGAUAGAUCCUGAAAAAAAAAAUAUGAUUGUUGUUAGUCCCUUUAUCCUCUGCAGACAGUCUGUUAUCUGUCAAAAAGCUUAUGAAGUUCUUUUAAAAGCCUCCGAGAGCCCAGUUUUAACCUUCAGAUUGAGGUGACAUGUGAAUGUGAGCGAGAUGGUAGCUGAUUUCUGGAUCAACAAGUGCCAACAAGAGAAACAUUGUCUUUCCUUACUUGUCCUAAACGGGAAAAAAAAAAUCCAACUCGAGCAAAAUUUGAGGGUCAGUCGGACAAAUUGGUUUGUCUCUGCACAUUCAUCUUAACUCAUGUUCGUUUCAUUUUCUCCAUGUAGAAAGACUAUCUUCACAACCUGUGUAUGCUGUGAAUAACUGUAUAAACCCUAAAAAUAGUUUUCUAAUCAAUGCAUCAAAAUUAAUAAUCAUAGGUGCAUUUCAAUGGAGUUAACUUUCUAGCUAUUCCAAUCAAAAGUGUUCGGUCAAAACAGCCUUUGGUCCAUUUAUUUUUUUAAGCCAAUGUUGAGUAUUUCCAACACUAAAUAAAGUUUAUGUGGCCUAACCACCAAAAGUAGAAACUGUUAUCAUUGAAUAAAGGGAAAAAGGACAAUCUGGUUAAAGACUACAACAAAACUAUGAAAGGGUUAAUUAACAAUGUAGCUUGGGGUUAUGAACCUUAAAAUGAUUGACAGACUGAGCAGUUACACAUUUAAA